AUUUUAGGGAGCCAUGCCUUUAUUAUUCUAAGGUCGACUCAGAUUGUCCAUACUUGGCUGCUUCGGCUCUUCACACACACAGGGGAGAGAGACAUCGAAUGCUACCUACGAUUCCUGCUCAUCUCCUUCCUCUGCUCUUCUCCUCCUUCACUGUCCAAUCCAAUCACCACGCCUUUUUUGCCUCCUUUUUGCUAGAUUUUUCUUGACCUCACAACAAAUCAGGCUUCAUCCAUUUAUCUAUCUGUAAAUCGAUUAAAUUCGGCGUUUUUUUUGGGUUUACUAUCUGGGUUUUUGAUUUCAGCUUCUGGGUAUCUCUUUUCAUGGCGUCUUCUUCUCUGACAUCUCCGUUGUGCACGUGGCUUGUGGCCGCCUGCAUAUCGGCCACGUGCGACAAGGACCAGACUCGGUCUGCAAUGCUUAACUCCUCCUCCGCCUUCAAGAGACUCAGCCGCUGCGCUCGUAGGAGGAAGGUUGUAGCUCAAUGCGGAGCUCAAUUGAACAACGGCGGGAGUUACAGUAACGGAGGCUUGAUUUCGUCUUUUUGUGGAUCCAGCAUUCAGGGGUUGAUGAGCUCUUGCUUGGCCUUUGAGCCCUGCAAUGAGUUCUAUAACUCCAAAGGGGUUUCCUCUCUCGGAUUCUUUGGUGACAAUGAGGGAUUAUCUUCGCUAUUUGGAUCCAAGAAUGUUGCUGUCAAACGCAAGCAGAGGAGAUUGAAUCGAGCUGCUUAUUCUGGAGAAGCCAUGGCUGUAGCAGUGGAACCUGCAAAGGAAACCACAAUGAAGAAAAAACCCCCCAUGAAGCAACGACAAGUAGUCGUGACAGGGAUGGGUGUUGUGACUCCACUUGGACAUGAUCUUGAUGUCUUCUACAAUAAUUUGCUUGAUGGUGUCAGCGGUGUAAGUGAAAUUGAGACUUUUGAUUGCACCCAGUAUCCAACGAGAAUUGCUGGAGAAAUCAAAUCUUUUUCAACAGAUGGUUGGAUUGCCCCAAAACUUUCCAAGCGGAUGGAUAAAUUUAUGCUUUACAUGCUGACUGCUGGUAAGAAAGCCUUGGCAGAUGGUGGGAUUACAGAAGAGGUGAUGCAAGAGUUAGAUAAAGCUAAAUGUGGAGUUUUAAUUGGCUCAGCAAUGGGUGGCAUGAAGGUUUUCAAUGAUGCUAUUGAAGCUUUGAGGAUAUCUUAUAAGAAAAUGAAUCCUUUCUGUGUGCCAUUUGCUACUACAAAUAUGGGCUCUGCAAUGCUUGCAAUGGAUUUGGGAUGGAUGGGUCCAAACUAUUCAAUUUCCACUGCUUGUGCUACAAGCAACUUUUGCAUAAUGAAUGCAGCAAACCAUAUUAUUAGAGGAGAAGCUGACAUGAUGCUUUGUGGCGGUUCUGAUGCAGCAAUCAUACCAAUUGGCUUGGGAGGAUUUGUAGCGUGCAGAGCACUCUCACAGAGGAACAAUGAUCCUACUAAAGCUUCCCGUCCUUGGGAUAUGUCUCGUGAUGGAUUUGUCAUGGGGGAAGGAGCAGGAAAUCUGCUAUUAGUGUUCUAUCUGAACUGUCAAUUCGAUAUCAUACUCACCAUUUACGGAGUUGGUGUAAUUCUCUGCAUAGAGAAGGCAUUAGCACAGUCUGGGGUAUCUAGGGAAGAUGUGAAUUACAUAAAUGCACAUGCUACAUCUACCCCAGCUGGAGAUAUUAAAGAGUUCCAAGCUCUUAUUCAUUGUUUUGGCAGGAAUCCUGAGUUAAGGGUGAAUUCCACAAAGUCUAUGAUUGGUCACCUGCUAGGAGCUGCUGGUGCUGUGGAAGCUGUUGCUGCAGUGCAGGCAAUACGAACAGGGUGGGUUCAUCCAAAUAUUAAUUUGGAAAAUCCAGACAAAGGAGUGGAUACAAAUGUGCUUGUGGGCCCAAAGAAAGAAAGGUUGGACAUCAAGGCAGCAUUGUCUAAUUCAUUUGGGUUUGGAGGCCACAAUUCAUCAAUCAUUUUUGCUCCAUACAAGUGAAUUAGUUCCAGUAUCGCACUCCCAACAGUUAUGUAAUGAUGCUGAAGUUACGUAACAUGACUGAGUUCAAUUAAAUGAUUAAAUGCAUAUUAGAUUGGUAACUCCCGCUGUUCUACGUACUUUAUUUUUUGGUCAAUAUUGAUGGUUGGGCACCAUCUUACAGAGUACACAGAAGAUCACAUCUGUAAUAGAUGACCACUUGUUAAAACGGUUGCUGCAUACAUCUAACCAUACAAAUCAUGUUGGUUGCACGGCAGAGGUUUAGAGAAGACUACAGUGUGACUCUCUCUAGUGAGGAAAAACACUUGGCAUUCAUGAAGUUGUCUAUUAUGGAACUACUCUUCUGUUGUUGUGGAAGAUUUCUUUUUCUCUCAUAAACAUCCAUGGAUGGAGCUUACCCUUUUUAGUUGACGGGUCAGUGAACAAGCCGAUGUAGUUUUUGCCUUUUUAAUUGUUUUUUCCAUGUACCAGAAAAGUGGUUGGUGAGAGAUUGAUUUUAUAGUCAAUUGUAUUGAAACAGAUACCUUAGGUUUAACUCGUGCACUGCAAUGCAAUAGCAGGUUCAAGUGCAUGCAAGUGAUUUU